CAAGUGUGAUUCGCAGAUAAAACCAGCAUUGAUCGACAUUUAAUGCAUUUCGCUCACCAUGAUGAUGUCCAAAGCAUACAAAAUUUCGUUUGAAAUGAUUCUAUUUAUCUGGUUUUUGUUGUUUUUUACAUUAACCAUUCAAGAUGAAUCAAACAAAACAUCAAUCUAUGAUUCUACAUCAAAUCUUCGCACUCAUAUCGAACAAUUUGGUCAAGCAAUAUCGUCCGAAUAUUGGAAAACAUUGACCAAAGAUAAAAGUAUUCUGGCUCCUUGGAUAGCAUAUAGUUCAAUAUUGAACCAGAUCAACAAUGCUAUCAUCGACAUGACAUCUGAAUCAUUGAUGCAAAGUGAUUUGAUUACUGGACAAAAAAUUUCGAUCGAAUGUGAACAAUCUAUGACAGAUUUUCUUAUGGCAUUAGUUCGACAAGAAUCUUGGGCCUAUCGAGUAAUCGACGCCAGUGGUUUUAUUUCGUCUGGAAUAUUGUUGGGAACGUAUACAAAUUUUGGUGAUUUUGAUGAAUGUCUUCAUGCAGGCGAAAGUUCUCCUAAUGAAAAUAUUAAUGGCCAAUAUUGUCUACUCAAAUAUCAUGCCGUUGUACCUACAAAUCGAACGCAUUUGAUCACACAAGAUUUGAUUUUUAAUACAACUGGGACAUCACUUGAAUCGACCUUUUUUGCCGAUUUCUUGCGUUACGCUCAUUAUUUCAAAGUUCGUCAAGGUCGUACAGCACUUUGUCUGCCAUCCGGGUGUAGCAAAAAAGAUCUUCAAACAAUCGUUGAUCAUUUGGUCCAAAUUGAUAGAUUUAUUGUCACUGUGGAUAGCUGUCAAACGUUAGCGGAUAUCGAACAUUUUACACCACUUCAAAUAUCGAUUUUAGUUAUAUUCAUUGUGAUAACUGUCAGUGUAGUUACUGCAACAGUGAUUGAAACCUUACCAUUAUGGCACAACAACGAUCAAAACCAAUGGCAUUUCUUCUUGCGUCGUAUAUCAAUCAAACACAAUGUAAUCGCAUUGCUAGAAUCUCCUAGUGCCGAAAAUUUUGCAUCCAUCAACGGUAUUCGAGUAUUGACAAUGUUCUGGCUGGUAUAUGGCCAUGCCUAUCUGCUAUCGGUGAAAGAAGCAUUUCGAUCGAGCACCCGUUUCAUAGAAUCAUUGUUCGAUAUGAAAAUGUAUCUACUUUUCAAUGCUUGGCCUGCUGUCGAUAUAUUCUUCAUAAUGAGCGCCUUACUUCAUUCAUAUCAUUUAUUUAAAUUGUUGCAAUCAAAACAACAAAUUAACAUUCUACGUAUUAUUUUGAAUCGUAUAAUACGACUUUGGCCAUCAUUAUGGCUGAUAGUUGCCUUAAUAUUCAUCAUACCAAACCUAGGUCAAGGUCCAUUAUGGUCAGAAAUGAUGGAGCAACAGGUAAAUAGCUGUUAUCAAAGCUGGUGGAUGAUCAUAUCAUUCACAGCUAAUCUUCGCUCAAAUACCAAAAAUCUAUGCCAAGUGCAUACCUGGUAUUUAUCGGCCGAAUUUCAAUUAUUUUUGCUCAGUUUUUUAUUCAUCUUUUUGAUCUAUCGAUUUGGAAAACGAGCCAUUAUUGGCAUGAGUUUCUGUAAUUUAUUAUUCUGUACAAUCAUUUCCAUUUAUUUUUACAUAAAGAGAUUUCAUCCAACCAUAUUGUUCAAUCAGAUUGACGAAAUGCAAAUGUAUCGAGAAAUGUUUGAAAUCUAUAUGCCAACUUAUCUUCAUUUAACACCAUAUUUGGUUGGUAUUGUAACCGGUUAUCUGUUGGUUACAUACAAAAGUCAACAACCUAGUCCACGAAUGCCUAGAUUUUUUCCAUAUUUUUGGAUUCCAGCUAUAUUAUUCAUCUUAUUGAUCAUUAUUAGUGGUUAUGUAUUCACUACAUAUCCACAAACACCAAUGAUCAUUCAAAGCUUGUAUGCUGGAUUUCAUCGUCUUGCAUGGUCCUUAUCGAUCGCUUAUAUCAUAUUCUUUUGUGAAAUUACAAAUACUGGUCAUUUAGUCAAGGAUUUUCUGAGUAGCCGAAUUUUUACACCCAUUAGCAAACUUUGUUAUUCAAUCUAUCUGAUUCAUUUCAUUAUUACCUGGGUUCGAUAUGCAUAUGCUCGACAACCAUUGGUUUUCAAUCAUUAUACAAUGUUCAACGAAUUCAUUAUUAAUUCUGUCUAUAGUUUUUGCUCGGCCUUAAUUAUUUAUCUGUUGGUCGAAUGUCCAUUUGCCAAUGUUUAUUCUACUUAUAUUGGUAAACGUCAUUGGGUUAUUGGUGAGAUCCGGUUAAAAGCAAGUCGUUCAGAUCAAUUGACCAUAAAUACAAGUACGGCUGUCAUUAAAGACAAUAACAACAAAUCAAUGACAGUUAUCGAAAUGAAAUAAGAUUUAUUCAUAAAACAAUCAUUGUUCUCUUAAUGUUUUUCGAUGACGACAAAAUACAAUUUCGAUUAUCCACAAAGUGAUAUUGAUGACAACACUGGCGAAUAAGAUGUAACCUAAAUUGUGAUAAGUUCCAUAAAUGUCUUUGAUUCCUAUUUGUAUAAAAGUAAAAAUUUUUUAAAAUUUAUCCAUUAAAAUAAAUUCAUUUUACCUAUUA